CUUCGCCUUUUUGUAUCAUUCUUUCUCCGCCUGCUCGCCCGGGCCCCGCGCUCGACUCAGGCGCGACUGAUCCGGCUUGCCUUGCCCGGCCCCACUCUAUCUUGCCAUGGGGCUUCCGUCCGACGUGGACCCAGAUCUCCUUGCCCGCUUUCCACGCCGGAGCAAAUAGACGCUCCGGCGAUCGGUAGAUGCACGGACUGUUGCAACGGUAAUCCGGGCGCGAUGACAUGGAAAGGCGGGCCUGGUGUGAGGGCGGGGGUGCGCGUCCGGAUGGGCCAGUGACGAAGCUUCAACGGCGGGGUCGAUACCGGGAAACACGGUCCGCAGCCCGUUGAGGCAGCCUAUCGGGCCGAUGUGGCCGAUGUGGCCGAAGAGCCGUGGAAGCAAACGUUGAGGUGCCAGGAACGUUGGGGCAGCGCGCGGAAACGGACGUAAUUCCAAUAAUGACCGAAUUCUCGCACUAAACUUUUGGAUCCGCUAUAAAUGAUGAUGGAUGGGCCUCGGCGGCAUGUUCCGCCAAAGGGCGCGCGCUGGGAAUUUGUUUAUUCUUUCUGACGGAGUCAAGCUCCUGGUGGGCUCAGCUUACUGCGUUUCCCGAAGCGGCCCCUCGAGCAAUCUGCCCUUCGCGCUCCAAGAACCAAGAAUCAAGAAUCGAGCCCCUGGUCUGCUUCCUCAAAUGUCCUCUUCUUCCUUCGCGUGCGUGCUCCACACCGUCGGGAAAGUCAUCUCCUCGAAAUGCAGCGGAGCGCUUGGAAAUAUCUCUUGGCUCAGCGUAGAUUCUAGCGGUGUGGGCAUAGGAUGUUGUUUCUUGGUCGCGGAGAAGUUCUUCUUCGGCUAGUUCUUCUGAGAUCCAGACAUACUGAGUAGAUGAGGAAAUGAGGAGAAUGUAGUCCUGCAGUAUGUCAGCAGAUCGAGCAUGUCGACUGUAGUUAGCUACGUUUAGAUUGCUCUUGCCCAUCCCGAUCGUGCUUGCAUGUUGGUGAUCGUUGGUAAAGUUGUGCAUUACCUUCGCCCAUUAUUGCCGUGGAGUUGAGUGAACAUCUUUCGCGUCGUAGCUCAUUCGCUCGUUCAUCAUGUGACUGUAAAGAACUCGCGGGUGAUUUCCACAUCUCGUAGGAGAUACUCUCCACCGAAUAUUGUAGAGGGUAGCUACUACAUUCGCUCAUUAUUAUGCACCUUUUCAAGAAUUCGCGGGAGUUUUCCCUCUUGUCGUAAGAGAUGAUUCUCCAGCGAUUAUUGUCGAUGUUUGCUACCGUCAUAAACCAUCAACUUCUCAAGAUACAACGUUACAUGCGAAGUGAUAAGACUAUGCAAAAAGAGUUUAACUCAACGGCCUCCUAUUUUGCUUCACUCACCGCAUACUGAAAUAUCGAUUGAAUACCAAGCAAAAGAAUAUGGUUUGUCUAUGUUUUGUAUGUUAAUAAGCCCGCUCGAAAUAAUUGAAUGGGACCGGGAGUGAAAAGUGAAUUCACAUGUCUGCACGUGACAUACACAUCACCCAAAUUUGAGUAACAUAUACUUUAGCAAACAAAAACUUUCAGAAAGUAGACCGAGUUGUACAGCGUCAAGGAUAAGAAGAGUCC